AAGAAAAGCCUUAAUGGAGAAAAUGGAAGUAGAUGAGGCCAAGCAGGGGGAAUACCUUUCUGAAGUCACUCUCACCGAGGACGGUGGAGUCGUCAAGAAAGUGAUCAGUGCAGGCACUGGUCCAAAACCUGCCAAAAACAACGAAGUUUUUGUCCAUUAUACUGGAUUUCUCGAAGACGGAUCCGUCUUCGAUACAAGCAUUGGGAAAGACGAAGGCUUCAAGUUCAUCAUCGGUGCUGGGCAUGUCAUUGAUGGUUGGGAGAUAGGUAUCAUGGACAUGCAGGUCGGGGAAAAAGCAGAUCUUUGUAUUAAACCUGAGUAUGGAUAUGGCGAAAUUGGAAGCCUUCCUAAAAUUCCUUCCAACGCAAACCUUAGGUUCACAGUGGAACUCCUCAACACUCGGGAGAGAAGACCAGCUAAAUGGAUGAUGAAUGAUGAAGAGAGAGUAAAGGCUUCAAUGAAGUUGAAGGAAGAAGGAGGACAAAAAUUCCAAGCUAAGGAAUUUGCCCAAGCUGAAGGUCUUUAUAGAGAAGCUAUUAGUCAUCUUGAUGCGAUCCAGAACGAUAAUACGGAUAGUAGGACUCUGAAAAAGACUAUUUUGGUAAAUAUAGCAGUUUGCUGAAAUAAAUCACAAAGCUGGGUUGAAACUGUGAGGGCUUGCACUCAAUCAUUAGCAAUUGACAACCAAAAUCCAAAGGCUUUUUACCACAGAUCUAGCGCCAAUAGAAAACUAAAGCAGUACGAUGAUGCUCUUGCUGACCUAAAGAGUGCCAUCAAAUUGAGCCCCAAGGAUAAAAUGCUUCGUAAGGAGUUCCAAACAUGAAAGAAUGAGAAGAAGGCUUAUGAUAAAUCUCAAACAAAAAUGUUCUCGAAUUUCUUCUCUCAAGGAGUUUAUAAUGAGAAAGACCCUGAUAUUACUCAGUAUGAGAAUGAACUACCAGAAUAUAAUCCUUCAAACCCUAUUGUCUUUCUGGACAUCCAGAUCGGGGAUGCAGAGGCUAAAAGAGUAGUUUUUGAGUUGUUUAAUGAGCAUACGCCAAGAGCUGCUGAGAACUUCAGAUGUCUCUGCACUGGUGAGAAAUCUACCGAAGAAAAGAACCUUCACUAUAAAGGCAACAUUUUCCACAGAAUUAUUUCAGGAUUCAUGGCCCAAGGUGGUGAUAUCACUAAGCAAAACGGUACUGGAGGAGAGAGCAUCUAUGGAGAUAAAUUUAACGAUGAGAAGUUCUGGUAUCCUCAUACUCAUGGAGGAUUGCUGUCGAUGGCAAACAGUGGGCCUAAUACCAAUGGAUCACAGUUCUUUAUCACCUUUAAAAAGACUUCCUGGCUUGAUGGAAAACAUACUGUUUUUGGAAGAGUAAUUCAAGGUUUUGAGCAUGUUAAAGAAAUUGAAAAAAUUGAGACAGGAGAAAAUGACUAUCCUCUUACCAAGGUAUUCAUCAAAGAUUGUGGUCAACUUAAUGAUGAAUUACAAAUAUCAGAGCUAGAGCUUGAAAGAUACUCUAAUCCAGAAUCACAAGAGUCUCCUGAGACAAAGAAAUAGUUGGAUUCAAUUUCCAUCAA